AUUCUGAUUUUUUUUCCUUAAUUGUCGUUUCCUGCUGCAAACUCAGUGAAGAAACCAACAACCCCAACCGAACAUAUCCGUUUCUUUUGCGACUUCAGUCUCUUUCUUGUCAAUUUUUGGGUUUCCAAUUUCCCGUAAUUAUGUUUGUAUCUCUCUCUAUGUAACUGCUGCCUCCUCCCUCUUCCUUCAAAUACCCAAGAAGAGGGGAAAAAAAUACCAAAGCAGGCUCUUUCUUACUCCGUCUCACAGCAACAAUGGCUUCAAUGAUCCUCACUCCUGCGAUUGUUCAACCAAAAGCCUUGCUUUCUUCCAAAAGCCUCUUGAAUCCUCGUCCAAUUCAACUCUCUAUGCGCAGUUCAAUGUCAAAAUCGCAUUUUGGAGCCAAGAAGGAAACUCGGUUGGUCUCAAGGGCGGUUUCCGAAUCGUCUUUGAGCUCUCUGGUUGAGAUCAAGAAAACUGACAACCCAAUCAUUGUUAUUGAUAAUUAUGAUUCUUUUACAUACAAUCUCUGCCAGUAUAUGGGAGAGCUUGGGAUGUACUUUGAAGUUUAUCGUAAUGAUGAAUUAUCAGUGGAUGAGCUAAAGCGGAAAAAUCCGCGAGGAGUGCUAAUAUCCCCAGGGCCAGGUACUCCCCGAGAUUCUGGGAUCUCGUUGCAAACAGUUUUGGAGGUGGGACCUAUUGUUCCUUUGUUUGGUGUAUGUAUGGGUCUGCAAUGCAUUGGGGAGGCUUUUGGAGGAAAAAUUGUGCGUUCGCCAUUUGGUGUCAUGCACGGUAAAAGUUCUGAGGUGCAUUAUGAUGAGAAGGGAGAAGAUGGAUUGCUAGCUGGAUUGCCAAAUCCCUUUACUGUGGGGAGAUAUCAUAGCCUAGUGAUUGACAAGGACAGUUUCCCAAGUGAAGAGCUGGAAAUUACUGCAAUGACAGCGGAUGGGCUGAUAAUGGCCGCACGUCAUAGAAAAUAUAAGCAUGUGCAGGGCGUUCAAUUUCAUCCUGAAAGCAUAAUCACCAGCGAAGGCAGGACCAUUGUCCGGAACUUUCUCAAGCUGAUUGAGAAAAAGGAGGAGGCUGAAUCACAAAACUAGAGGGUUGGCUGUCCUUUGCAAUGAGAAUCCCUGUCAUAGAGAUAUGUUGUGUAAUAAGUUUGGGAAUGAAAGUUUGGACAUUUAUUUUGUUUUUUGGUUGCUCAAGUGAAGAAAGUAAUCUUAUAUAUGUCUUGAAUGUCAUUGCAACCAAAUUUUACAGA